AUGGAGGAGGAAGUUAACAAGCAGAGUAAGGCCGCCGAGAAUGAACGCUCCAAACGCAUAGACGCCGCGCGGACUCUCAAAACUUCCGAGGACGACCUCGCAAAGGCCAAGGAUGCCUUAAAGAAGGCUAUCCGAGAGAGGGGUAGCGCCUCUACGGGUUUAGAUGGCGCCCAAAAACAGGCCGAGGAACAGACAAAACGUCUACUCAAAGCCGAGGAUCAGUUGCAAAUAGCCAAGGAGCAGACCAGUGAUUUGAAGAAAAGACUGAUCACGGCAGAGAAUGCUAAAGGUAUGGCGGAGUAUGCCCGGGACGAAGCCGUGAGGGCCAAGCAGGAGGCUGAAUUUGCCAGAAACGAGGUCGAAGCUGCUAGGGACAAGGCCGAAGAUAAGAGUUACAAUACGGGGGUAGCUGAAACCCAAGCCUCCCUUAAAGCCCAAAUUCCCGAGGUGUGCAGGCUAUACUGCUCCCAGGUUUGGGAAGAGGCCUUAAAGCGAGCUGGGGUGGAUGCUUCGUUUGAUUUGUGGAAGGCGGAGAGCAUAUUUUACCCUCUAGCCAUCCGUGAGGCCGCCUCCGCCAGCUCCGAGGCUGUAAGCGAUCAACACGAGGCAGGGGUUACUCAGUCAGAGGCUGCACAGAUCAGCGUCCCUCCUGGCGAGUCGUUAAAAGGGGGAAAGCUUCAUGAUAUGAUAGAAGCACCUGAAAGUAGGGAUCCCGAGGUGCCCAAAGAGGAUGCCGAGCCUAUGGUCAGCGCUCAGAUCCCUGAUGCCGAAGAGCCAGCCAUAAUUGCCCAGCCCCUGUAG